ACCUACCUACCUAAAUCACAAUAUUCCACAGACAGACCCUCCAAAAAAAUAGGAAAACAGGGGAGGGACAUGUUGGUGUUUUCCUCCUGCAUCCAUCACUGAGAGAGCGAGAGACACACACCCACACACGGGGAGAGAGAGAGAGGGGAGCGUGAUGGUGGUGUUUUCCUCCUGCAUGUAUCAGUAAAAUGUGAAGAUGGCGGAGCUGCAGAUGCUGUUGGAAGAAGAGAUUCCUGCCGGUCGAGGAGCUCUGCUGGAUAGCUACGCCAACCUCGAGAGAGUCGCCGAAUAUUGCGAGAGUAACUACAUACAGUCUCCCGAUAAGCACAGAGCACUAGAAGAAACCAAAAGCUACACCACUCAGUCUUUGGCCAGCGUUGCGUAUCUGAUCAACACUCUCGCCAACAAUGUGCUCCAGAUGUUGGACAUUCAGGCGUCCCAGUUACGCCGCAUGGAGUCCUCCAUCAACCACAUCUCACAGACGGUGGACAUCCACAAAGAGAAGGUGGCCAGACGAGAGAUCGGCAUCCUCACCACUAACAAAAACACUUCUCGUACACACAAGAUCAUUGCACCAGCCAAUCCCGAGAGGCCUGUACGCUACAUUCGCAAGCCUAUUGACUACAGUAUGCUUGAUGACGUAGGCCAUGGCGUAAAGUGGUUACUAAGGUUUAAGGUCAAUGCCCAGAAUAUGAAAGCGGGUACGACUCCACGCACAGCUGCUCCUACCCAGAAACCACCUAGUCCCCCCGGCCCUGGGAAAGGCACUAUUGGGCGCCACUCCCCUUACCGGACGCUCGAGCCAGUGCGUCCGCCCGUCGUCCCUAACGACUAUGUGCCGAGUCCAACCCGCAACACCGCACCACCCCUGCAGAGUCCAGCUAGAACUGCAUCCGUUAAUCAGAGGACCCGCACGUACAGUGGCAGCAGCGGCGGCAGUCAUCCCAGCAGCCGCAGUAGCAGCAGAGAAAACAGUGGGAGUGGCAGUGUGGGCGUGCCCAUCGCCGUGCCGACCCCUGCCCCGCCCACAGCCUUUCCUGGUAUAGCGCCUGCUCCUCCCAAUCCCCCCAAACCUCCUCCCUGUGUUUCUAUCCCCGCUCCUCCGGUACCUCCGCCACCUCCCACCCCCGAGCCAGUGCCCCCCGCCCCUGCCCCGACCCCUGCUCUACCAGCAGAGGGCCCUCCCGAGAUCCCACCACCCCCACAACUGCCCCCUACCCUUCCUGUUAACACCAACACCAGUCUAGCUGCUGCAACUAGCACCCCUGCUCAAGGCAACGGUCCUCACUUUUACAGCAUGAACCGGCCAAUGACGCGGCAUCCCACGCCCUCUGCGGGAGGUUCAUUGCCGUAUCGCCGGCCAGCAUCAGUUACGGGACAGCCAAACAAUAUGCCUCAGAAUGCAAAUGCAAACAUGAUCCAAAACCAGCUCAACGGAGGACCACACUACAACCAAAACCAAGCCCCUAUGGCCCCUCCACCACCCUCUAUUCUCCAGAUUACACCUCAGCUGCCACUCAUGGGCUUUGUGGCUCGUGUUCAAGAGACCAUCUCAGACGCACCGCCUCCCCCACCCCCUGCAGAAGAGGUGGAGUUUGAGGUAGCGGCCCCGCCCCCACCUCCUCCGGAGGACUACGAGGAUGAAGACGGUGAUGAAGAGGAAGAGUCAGCGGUGGUGGAGUACAGCGAUCCUUACGCUGAAGAAGACCCACCAUGGGCUCCUCGCAUUUACCUGGAGAAAGUGGUGGCAAUUUACGACUACACACGUGACAAAGAAGACGAGUUGUCCUUCCAGGAAGGCUCGAUCAUUUACGUCAUCAAAAAGAACGACGACGGCUGGUAUGAGGGUGUGAUGUGUGGCACCACAGGCCUCUUCCCUGGGAAUUACGUGGAGUCUAUCAUGCACUACGCCGACUGACACACACACAGGACCACCGAUAAAUUCAGCUACACAAGCUUGUUGCAGAGGAACGAACCGAGAACUUUACGAAAGUUCGGAGCGCUGCUAAAAACGAGGAAUUGUGGAUGGCGAUGAUUUAAGGGGAUAUAAACUAUUGAAAUGUGUAAGAUAAAUACAUGCAGAACAUUUAUUCAUCUCUUAAUUUGAAAACCUGUAUCAGAAAAGUGUUGGUUUGCUUGACUUGUGUUGAUAUUGCUUUUGCUCUUAUCCAUCUGUGUGUCUCUCUCUACAAUGGAUUAACUAGUGAAAUAAGUCCUCAUGACAUUUCUCAAAUGAAGGGAGAGUGGUUAAAAGAUGGCCGUCUUGGAGAUGCAUGUUUCUUUUUACAUCCUCUGACCAGCAAAGAAGAAAUAAGCUUUUGCCAAGAACGAAUAAGCAAAGAUUUUACGCAUAUUAUUGUGCCAGGAAAUAGAGAUGUAUAGAUUGGAUAAAUUUUUUUGUGUUUGAAGUUUGGAUUUACUUUUUAACUCUUACAUUUCAAAUGCAGUUCUGAGGUAUUUUAGCAGAAGGACAAACCAAAGGAUUUCAGUGGUAGUUUGAAUAGUACGGGACCGAAAACAAUACUUCAUUUCCUUCAUUCCUAUAUUUCUUUCCGACAAAGAUUUUAUUGCUUGAAAAAAUAUUUGCAAGUAUGUGUAUUCUUUAUAUGUAUGAUAAAAAAGAAAAAAAAACACUAUUAAAUCGUUCAGGAAGUUCGUGCCAUAAAGAAAUGUUUAUAGACGGUCAUAUUUUUGGUUGGGAGAGAUUGUGUGUUGUGAUCAUUCAUCCCUUUGACCGAUUGUGGACUUACAAGAGAUACAAACUAUAUGUAUGUUAUAUAUUGAUUUAUAUAUUAUAGAAAUAUUAUUGUGUUGGUGUAUGAAUGGUGUAGAGAAUAAAGAACCCCCUUCCCCAUAUCGGCAAUAACAAAAAGGCACAGUUAGAAAGUCUGGAAAGAUCUUUAAAGCACAAGAGAUUAAUACGAUCUUAGGGACCUUACAAAAUGUGAAGAACUGACUUUGGUUGAAGUGAAAAACAGAAACCAGCCCAAACUUUAAGACACCCUCCGACCCACGUGGAGAUAACGUGGGACAAACUGUACUAAAAUGCACAGAGACUUUUUCUAUAAAGUACUUUGAUGUCUAUACUGUAUGUACGUGCGAGUGUGAGCGUGAAAUGUCAAUUUUACCGACUGACUUGCUUGUUUGUGUGCAAAUCUUUAUUUUCAAUGAAAGGUCUGUGGUGGUGAGCGUGCGUGAAACGAGUCUUGCAUGUUGAUCAUUUCUGUGAUUUUCCUGCUGAUGGAGAAUAAACUGGAUAUCUGGUCUACUCGCUCA